AUGGGAGGUAGAGACGUUUACAUAAUUCAAACUGGCACAAAGGAUGUCAACAAUGACAUCAUGGAAAUUCUAAUAAUGGCCUACGCUUGCAGAACAGCUGUAGCUCGCCGCGUUGUUGCAGUUAUUCCUUAUCUUCCAUAUUGUAAACAGAGUAAAAUGCGGAUGAGGGGUUCUAUUACUUGCAAACUAAUUGCUAAAUUGCUUUGCAAAGCUGGCUUUGAUCAUUUAAUUACUCUUGAUUUGCUUACUAAGGAAAUCCAGGUAAAUUUUCUUGGACACCACUUAAUCGACCUUCCAAAUUUAUUUGUCAUUUUAUCUUAG